AUGGCAGUAGACAACAAGACGAAACGCAAGGAGCUUCUUGCUCAGUUGAGAGAGCUGCCUCCCCAGAACAGAGCAGAAGAUGUCAGCGCCCUCCUGGAAGCUAGGCGCCGUGGAGACAAGAGACGACCGAGUCGGAUCUGCGGCGACCUGCUCCCGUAUCGUUACACGAUAGACCAAGAAGUCGACUUGCGCGACGGCGUCGUCUCAAUCUCAGUGUUUGCCAAUCUGGCGCAUUAUCUUUCGAAGCAAGACGUGUUGGCCCUGGCUCGAGACUCUUCUCUCUUCGAGAAGGCCAAGGAGUUGUUAAAAGACAAGGAUCUUCCGUCAUCGUGGUCAGAUUGUCUCCGGGAAUGGAGCACAACGAGCCCAGAACUGGGGCUGGAGUUCUAUUGUGGUGCGUUUGAAUCCAUAGCCGAGGCAUCUGAGACUGACGGAACUCCCCUAGAGAUACGAGGUAUGAAGGCGAAUCCUCGAAAGCGAGGAAGCGAAACUCCGGUCCCUGAACCAAAGAGGCAAUGUGUGGCCCUGCCAGACACCCGCGAUGAUGAUGCCCAGGGUCAUCCACCAUCCGCCAACGUUGGGCACGUCCGCGAACAGCCAGAAUCCGGGCCCAGUGUUUUUGGAGCCAUCUCGACAAACGCUGCGACAUCGCCAUCUGCGUCUGAGCUAGGAACGGAGCAGGCACCAGGCACUCAGCCGGUGGACAGCACCGCCCCAAAGGAUACGAGUCACCCCCAACCGACUAACACAGGCGACCGUAAAAACCUCGACAACCAGCCAACCCGGACCCAGGACACUCAGAAGAAAAUCAUACCAGGAUUGCGUCGUAGUUCCCACGUCGCUGGCGAUACGUCUGUUCGUGGUUGGAGAUUGCCAUCUUGCUACGUCUAUAUUUUGGCCUACUAG